AAACAGAGGGAGUGGAUGAAACAUGAACUGAUGUUGGGUUAUAAAAAUGAACAAACGUCUGAGUAGCUGUAUUAACUAAGGUCCGAGUAGAACGAUUGACUGUGUGCUUCGCAACCCAAUCUAGCUACCUUCAGGAUGGGUGUUGCAGAAGCCUUGUUGAUCACUGCCAGCGUCCUAAUCAUAGUGACCAACCUCUCUCUGAUAGCCCUGAUCCUGACCUCUCGUACCUUACGGCAUACGCCCAGUAAUCUCAUCAUCGCCUGCAUAGCAUUCGGCCACCUCCUGAUUGGCAGUUUUGUGCUGCCCUUUUACAUCCGGUUUCAUUACAUGGGACCUACGGAAGACUGCAGCCUGAAUGUGGCCUUGCCGAUCUCGUUUCAGUACAUCUCCAUCUUCGUGGUAGCCUGGUCCAUGGUGACUUUCAGCGUCUACAACGUCACCAAAUUCCACCGCAGCAUGACGCCCAAAUGGCUCAUCGGGCUACAGAACUGCUGCAGCCAGAGGAAGAUCUGCAUCCUCUGGAGCUACGUCGCCGGGCCGUGUUUCAUCAUACCGGUGGUGUGGGCCUCGCUGCGGUCCCACAAGGGGGCGGAGGAUGAGUUGAUGUGCAUGCUGAUGAUGCCCAGCGGCUGGGGGGUUAUGCUGGCGUUUUUCUGCCUCCACCUCCCGUACUACCUCUGCAUCGCCGACAUCAUCACGAUUUUAGUUUUCCAAGGCCGGGGUUGUUACCGGGAGUUACCUCCUUCUUUGACGACGGAUAGACCGGAAGAGGAAGUAGAAGGGGAAUCCAGGGCUCCGAUUGAAAACCCGGUGUUGGCGUCUUUCCCGAUGAUUGUGUACGCGAUUGGAAUGUUCCUGUUGAUUGUGGAUGAUUGGUUAAUUCUGGGCGGCCCCCACGGGCAGGCUAGAAGCCAGGCUGAGAUGAUGGAGUUUGGUGCUGUCGUGUCGGCGCUGAUUACGCCAAUUGUGUUGCCCUUCACCUGGCUUGUGUUCAAUGAUAUCAAGACCGAAGCGGCGGAGAGUCUCAGGAACGUCCUCAAGAUGUUCCAGCUCUGCUGCAGUAAGCCGGCUACGUCGACGCCCACCACGGUAACGUUUAGUAGACUUCAAGAGACACAGGCAGCUUAAAGCAGACU